AUGUAUCUCAGCUUUAAUCUGUCAACAGACAUUUUUGAUCUUUAUGAUGCUCUUUCUGUGGAUACCACAACAGCUCCCCCGAGAAAGCCAGAAAAUCAGGAGUGUCCAAAUAUUGCCCGAGACCUUGUGUUACUGAUCGAUGGGUCAAGCAGCAUUCGAUCUGUGGAAUUUCUUUCACAGAAAUUAUUUGUCGCACUCUUCAGUAAAACUUUUCUUGAAAAUACUCUGUUCUCCCUCCUGCAGUUUUCCAACAAAAUUCAGGAGCAUUUUGACUUCAGAAGUUUCCAAAAUGACCGAAACCUACACUCCAUCCUACAAGAAGCCCGUCAGCUGCAUGGCUCUUCCCACACGGCCACUGCCAUCCGGAAAGCUGUGGAACAGUUCACCCCUCAGAAAGGCGCUCGCAGCAAUGCCAAGAGGUUCCCGGUGAUUGUGACUGAUGGAGAAAAAACUGGGGAUCCCUUGGACUAUGCAGAGGUUGUCCAGGAGGCUGACAGGGCUCGAAUCACACGCUUUGCUGUUGGGCAUUCUUUAUGUAGCUCAGCUGAAUCCCUUCUUGCUGACCCCGAAACUGUGUCCACGGAUUUGCCUGGAAGUCACCAGGCUCCUUUGAUGGAAGGAGGAGUAGCAGAGAAGUUUGCUUGUAAUCUGGACAGCAUCUCCAUUGCUUCAUUUUCCUCUUUGGCACCAAGUUCUGGGCAUUCUAUCCGACGCAGACGUCCCCCAAGUCCUGAGACUUGUUCCAUUGCCUCCUCAACUAGAACCCUGGUGCCUGAGACUAUUUAUUUACCACCAGCGGGAUACCAGCUUGUGUCUGAAUCAGAGUGGGCUCAGCUCCAAGAACAGGUGCAACAGCAACGUGGAACUCUGGAGGAAAGAGCAAAGGAGAAAGCUAACCUGGAGGAGGCAUUGAGAUGUAGCAAUGAAGAGUGCAGUAAGCAGGUUCAGGUUCUUUUGGCUCAGAUCCAGACAUCAGAGAACCUUCUCCAAAGCCUCCAAGCCACUGUGAGUGAAACGCAGCGGCAGACUCAAGAGCAGAUUGCUGAUUUGGCUGCAUCCCACAAGCGCCUCAGCUACGAAGUGCAGCGUCUCAAUGCCGAGAAUGAAGGGCUGCGGGGGAUGAGUUCCCAGAAUCCUCUCCCAACAGAUGAUGAAACUAGGAGCUUGCCCAGCACGGUGCCGGAGCUGCAAGCCAUGGUGUCCAAGCUGAGACAAGAGUCUGCUUUACAACUUCGGGCUGCAGAGCAUCAGGCUGAGCGCCUGAGAAUUGAAAUUAUAUCCUUGCAGGAGCGGCUGGAUGAAGAAGCAGCAUCUCAGUCAAGUCUGCAGGGGGCGCUGGAGAGAGAGCGGGAAGAAAGAGAGCUUUUGCAAGCCUCUUUGAAUAGUAUUCAGAGUGAGAUGGAAAGGCUGCAGCAAGGUCAAGAAGAGCUGAAUAGAAUUCAGAUGCAGCCUGAUGUGAGAGAAGCCAGUAGACUACCAGGGAGGCCAGAGGCUUAGACUGAGGAUGAGGAAAUUGGGCCUCUGUGUUCCCAUCCCUGACACUCCAGGAACCUCAGGGAAAUCAUGACUUUCCAGGCAC